GCUCUCUCACCCCGAUUUCCCUCAAAACAUACCCCAGCAUGAGCAACACACACACAGGGAGCUCUGCCAACGCCGGCUCGGCCGCGGGCCAGCGGCCCAUCUCCAAAGCAGAAGCCACCGACCCCCGAGAGUUCCAACUCAACCAGCUCCGACGACGCUUCCAUCCCACAGAAACCAGCAAUGAGGCGGGCACCACAUUGACUUUCGGGCUGGCCCCGUCGGAUCCCGAUUUUCCCUUCGAGAUGGACAAGCUGCAGUGUAUUCUCCAGGUGCCCCGGACGUACCCCGCGCAGGGGAGGCCGUCUAUCAGAGUGACCAACGCCGAAAUGGGGAGCGCGUUCCAGGAGAAUAUCGCACGAGGCUUCGACGAUAUUGUCGACAGUACGAUCAGAACCGGUGGUCGCGGGACCUUACUUAGUUGGACGAACGCCCUCGACCGUCACCUGGAGCGGUUGCUCACGACCACGGAACGCGGGCCUAUCUUGAAGUUUGUACCUAAUGUGGGCAGCAAAGAGCCGGAGGAGCAGAAGCUAGCGCAGAGCUUGAAUGCGCUGGCGGUAUCAUCGGAAAGAAAGCAGCCUGUGGCUCCAAAGCCACGGGUCUUCCAGCCUCCGGCUCCCGUCUUCACGAGAGAGGAGAAGGCUCAGGCCGAGAAGAGACGGGCACUCGAGACGAAGCAGCUUGAAGCUCGUCUUGGGAGAUUGCCCUUCUUUCAGAAGUCCGGCGAUGGGCUGUUCUUUGUGAUUCCAAUCCAGCCGCCUAAGCCGGACCGUCUCCCCAUCCCUCUUCGCUCUAUCAAGACCGUCAAGCUCCGGGUACCUACUUUGUACCCUCUGGAGCCGAGUGUCAUUGAGCUUCAAGGAGUCGCUGGCAAAGAGGCCGAAGCUGUGCAGGCUGGCUUUUCGCAGUGGCUUGAAGGGAACAAGCAGAUGAAUCUGGUAUCACAAGUUAACUACUUGACGAGCAAUAUGCACAACUUCGCCAAAACACCCCUGAAAGCUCCCGAGCCAACUCCUGCACCUGAGCCAUCCGUCACUGAACUGCCCAUCACUCAGAUUAUCAGGGAGCCAGAACCGACUCCGGCUCCGACGACAGCACUAGAGGAUAAGCCACAUGUUCACGUGGUACCACGACCCCCAGAGUGGACGGCGGGCGAGCACAGCAGUGGCUCUGAGGAAUCGGAAUUCACUGCGUCUGAAGAUGAGCCUACUGAUGGCGACGAAGAGGAAGACGGCGGUACCCCAGUUCCAGAUCUCCCGGAGACUUCAACUGCCGAUCGUGGAGUUGCCCUCUCGUUCCCUUUCCUAGAACUCUACGGGAUCGAGCUUCUAGAGCUGGUGGGUCUCUACAUCACCGUGAAGUGCGAUCGAUGUAAAGAGCACCUGGAUGUGAAGAACAUCCCGCAAAUCAAGGACAAGAGCGAUGAGCUAGCCCCGAAGAUCGAGACUUGCAAGAAGUGCACGAAUACCAUGAGCCUUGGAUUCCGUCGACAGCUGAUGCAUCCGAGCGCUACUCGCGCUGGGUAUCUCGACUUGGAUGGAUGUACGGUUGUGGACCUUUUACCUAGUAACUUCAUCCCAACCUGCGCCGAAUGCUCCACCCCCUUCCCCGGGCCCGGCGUCGUCGCCGUCCGUGGCGAGAGUGCGAUGGCGAAUUGCCGCCAAUGCCAUCGAAAAAUGGUCUUCAAAAUUCCCGAAGUCAAAUUCCUCAAAGUCGGAUCCGCAGCCUUCUCCUCUCGCUUCCGUGCCCCUCCGCGCAAGAAGCCAAAGGAAAUCCUCGGCAUCGUCGCCGGCCAAGAACUCCCUCGUCGCGGCCGCUGCACGCACUACGCAAAGAGCUAUCGCUGGUUCCGAUUCAGCUGCUGCGCAAAAGUCUUCCCUUGCGAUAAGUACGAACCAACCCCCUCUCCUCCCCUUUCUCCCACCGCGUCUCACAUCCCCACCAUGAAACAAACAAAUACUCACCUUAAUAGGUGCCACGACGCCGCCGAAGACCAUCCCAACGAGCACGCGAACCGCAUGAUCUGUGGUUACUGCUCCCGCGAACAAAUCUACCGUCCCGAGAACUGCGGCGUCUGUCGCGCCGUGCUUAUCGGGAAAGCAGGCAGCGGGUUCUGGGAGGGUGGGAAAGGGACACGGAAUCGGACAUUGAUGAGUCGGAAAGAUGUAGAUCCGCGGAAGUAUAAGAGGCGGGGGGGGUCAGUGGUUGGUUCGAAGAAGUAGAAAUAGGUAGGGUAUAUUAUAUUAUACCAUGGAGGCUGGUGUUGU